GGCUUGUUUACGUCGGGGGCACCAUCGCAGGGAGGACAAGGAGAACACCAACACCGUGGUGAAGAUGGUGGAUCGUGCCGUCGAUCUGAAGCAACUGGUGAAGGGCGAGAAAUUUUGACUCGUUCCAUGAGUGACCCAUUUUUGACAAUGCC